AACUACUAUUAAUGCUAGGCGCUUGUGGCGGAGGCUGAGGAUAGCUACUUCUGCUUUGUCCCGGCUUCGGAAGCAGAAAGCACCCUACAGGUUGGGCCUAGUAGUUGAGGGUUCAGGGAUAGGUAUAGCUGUCUCUCCUGGAUGCCAAGAUUUGAGACCCAGAAGUCUCCCAUGGCUCCUUAUCACAUCCGCCAGUACCAAGACAGCGACCACAAAAGUGUCGUGGAUGUGUUCACCAAGGGCAUGGAAGAACACAUCCCCUCCACCUUCCGCCACAUGCUUAUGCUGCCCCGAACCCUCCUACUCUUACUUGGGGUGCCCCUUGCCCUGGUCCUGGUGUCUGGCUCCUGGCUGCUGGCUGUUGUAUGCAUCUUCUUUCUGCUCCUACUCCUGCGGUUCCUUGCUGGACAGCCCUGGAAGGAGUAUGUGGCUACAUGUUUGCGGACAGACAUGGCUGACAUCACCAAGUCUUACCUGAAUGCACAUGGCUCCUUCUGGGUGGCUGAGUCUGGAAACCAGGUGGUGGGCAUAGUGGCUGCUCUGCCAGUCAAGGAUCCUCCAUCAGGGAGGAAGCAGCUGCAGCUCUUUCGCCUGUCUGUGUCCUCACAGCAUCGAGGACAGGGGAUAGCGAAAGCACUGGUCAGAACUGUCCUCCAGUUUGCACGGGACCAGGGCUACACUGAUGUUGUCCUUGAGACCAGUACCUUGCAACAAGGUGCUAUGACCCUCUACCUGGGCAUGGGCUUCCAGAAGACAGGCCAACGCUUCCUGACUAUGUUCUGGAGGUUAGUGGGUAUUCGGACAAUUCAAUUAAAGUAUCCCUUCCCUUCUGCCUAGGAAAGGGGGCUGUGACCUUGAGUUCCUGUGGAGCAAGCAUGCUUCUCUAAACUCUGCUACAGGAACCAGUGAACCCUGUCAUGUCAGUGUGAUUAACAAUAAAAGCUUGUUGCUGCACACCAGCUUCUAAUGCAUGUGAUGGCUGACAGGGGGUGUGGGGGCUCUGCUGCAUUCGAGGUGUCUGGGGUGCCUGUGUUUCAUAUACCUAGCCCGAUAUUACUGUUGUAUUAGAAACCGUGCAAAAUACUAAUGUAUGUAUUUCACUUUUGAGUGUGGACCAGAAGUUUCUGUAAGGCUGGAGUUCACCUACCGCCAGGACACCUAGUUGGUUGAAUGUAAACAUGGGAAGUGAACAUGAAGGUUUCUCUCUCUCUCUCUGUUCCUACAUUUCAGGAAGCCAUGAGCUUUGGCCUCUGGUCAUUGUCCUUCUCAGACUCAGUGAAUGACACCUUUGUUUUAAUUCUUUGCCAGGUUCACACAUGGAUACACUGAGUUUCUUAUUCUACUGUCUUCACUCACACAGGCAUCACUACAGCCGAGCCCAGCCCACAAACAAGCCAGGAGCUCCCCAGGACUGGAUACUGAUGCAAGUAUCAGAAGGGUGUUUGGGGAAAAGAUCAGCAUCCCAGGGUCUUGAGGUGUUUUAGCUCAUGUUUACAUCCUCAGAGUAGAGAUUUUCAUUAGAAAGAUGUGCAGAGUUAUACAAAAUACUAAGAAAGCUCAUUUACCCCCAGGCUUCAAUAAAAGUACAUUUCUAACUAUCGCCUGUGUUUAGAACCCAAGAACCCUGUUAUCCUGGUAGAGAAGAUCUCUGACUCCUCAGAAGUAGAAUAUGGGUGUGCAUAUAGUCACUAUAGUCUCCUUAUUUGGAAGUUAGAAAAAAAGUGCCUUUAUCACUUUCUCUUACAGCAGCGCACUCUGCAGUAAACUUGCUAUGUAGCUAUUUCCUAAGAAAUGAAACGCUACCCCUUUCAUUUUAUUUCCUAGGAAAUAGCUACUUUCUGAAAGCUCAUGAGACUUGUAAGUAAGACAGGUUCAAGAGGUGAGACAACUUAACAAGAUCAGGAAGCACCUGAAACUUAAAGGAUUCACUGAGGCCCACCCCAAGGUUCUAUUAGCAGCUACUGCUGGAGAGAAGAGACUUACCUUCAGAGCUGCUUGGAAGUGGUGCAGGGCUCCAGAAUGAAUGGAUGUUUUGUAAGUCAUGCCUGUGCCUUUCCAGUGAUGAAGCUGCCUUUGAGUCAUCCAUGCUCCUGUAAGUAACUCCUUGUUCUCAUUCUUAUACACAGCUCAAUAAACUCACUAAUUCAACUAA